AUGCAUCAAGUCCUAUUCCCAGUGACCGAGCACCACAUCACACUACCAAACCAUCACACAAUAAACCUCCGAGCAAACAAACACAUAUUGUCCCUGCGCAACACCAUCCUCACCCUCCUCAACCAGGCCACCCGCCUCGCCUCAACACGCAUCCGCAUCACCCGUGCAAAACUCAACCUCCUCAGCAAAAUCGCAACCUGGCGCUGUCUCUGCCGCCACGUGAACCCCAUCUACCACCUCCCGUCUCAUGUCCACUCCCUAGGCAUCCUAGCAUGCAGCGGCUGCGAUAUCACAUGGCACCACAAUAUUUCUCUGCUCAUGCCGCAUCCCAAGUCUGAGUCAGAGGUGGAGAUUUUGCUUCCUGACCCGGAGAAGCCGAAUACAGAUGCGCCGUAUAUCCUUCCGAAGCCGAAGAAGACGGGUCUUCACUUCUUUGGUGAAGAUGAAUGUGGGGGCUAUGGGUACAUUUGGCUCAAUGAGCGGUGCGGGCUCACAUGA